AUGAUUCGCUACUUGGAGUCUAUCAUUAUGCAAGGUAUGGAUGAGAGUAUUCCGCACGACCCUGAAGUGAACCUUCCCAACAUGCCACCGUCAGCUAAAGACCUCGAAUCCGAUGACGACUUUCAUCUCCGACUCUCUCAUGACAGUAAUUGCGUCGCUCGUAGAACGCAAGUCCAUUCUAACAAGUAUCUCGCCACGUGCUUCAAGUACCGGCAAACAGGAUCCAGAAAGAAUGCUUGUCGAUUCGGUAUGCCUCGAGAUCCCGUCCCUACCUCUACCAUAGACGAGUUUGGACUGAUUCACCUUGCUCGAAAUCACGCCUGGAUAAAUCCAUGGAACCCGGCCAUCGCCAGUUGUGUCCGUUCUAACCAAGAUAUCUCUUGGAUUCCGACGAUCUCAAAGUCUUUGUCUCUGAUCUACUACAUCACAAACUACGCCACGAAGGAUGAUGUCUCUCCGUGGCAGAUAGUAGCUAAGGCAGCUCUGUUGAAGCAAUCUAUUGAAAAGGCAAAGGUUGCUGAGCCACCAACAGCGACAGACCUACGACUUCGUGAAAAGGGCGUCAAUAAUUUUGCGCUACGCUGCUUUAAUGCUCUGUCUCAUGAUCGAGAAAUCAGUGGUGUACAGGUCGCUAGCAGCCUGCUUCAACUACCAACCCAUUACACGAUUAGUUACAACUUCGUCCGCAUUAACCUCUGGUGGCUAAGGCGGUACAUCCGGUCGAUCAUUCUCCCGGAUAACCUCGAAAGUAGUCACCCUUCUGAUCCUAUAGCAGAAGAACCUUGCGCGUACGAGACUGGGGACACCGCCCCUGUGAGCAUCUUCGACAAUUAUAAAUGGCGUGGACCGCACCUCGCUCCUCUGGCGUUAUUUGAAUACUGCAUGCUUGUAAAAACCAAGAAUACACGUGAUGCUAUUGCGGACGACAUAGACUUCGACCCGAACCACCCUAGAUAUACCACGCACGUACAGCGCCUGGCGCGCACCUUAUCCCAGGUUGCGACCGUGAAUUUCAACGGACAGCUAACUGAAUUCCAGGCAGCGGAAGACGCGAUUCCAGGAGGUCAUCCAAGAACGGUCGCGGUCAAGAAUGACAUGGCCGAGAUAUUAUUAGGGCUCUUUGUUCCCUGGCAUCACUUAACUGACCUCUUCAGACGCUAUGCGACGAAACGGGACGCCUGCCUACAAGUAUGGGCGGCUGUUGAACCAACCCUCGUAUUUCACAACCGAGGAUUUGCAAGAAACAUCGAGCUCUUACGUAAAUCCAAGGAAGACUGCCAGGCCGAUGCAAAAAUGUGGAAGUCAGCAAACGGUGCCGCUGAAUCAUUUCGCCAUGAUGUUGACGACUUUGAACCCGUAAACUUCGCUUCUGAUGAAGAAGGAGAUGAAUUCUUUCAGCUACAGGAUGAGAAUUUUAAUGCGGAAACUUUGAUCGCGGCCUACCACUCCAUCAGCAAAGCAUGGCAUCGAGAGACUCUACGCAAACAGACUCUCCUUUAUGUUGGUGGGGAAGGCGGCACGGGGAAAAGCCAGAUCAUCAAGGCCAUUGAAGCCGCUAUACGUCUUAUCGGGUGGAGAGACGAGGUGAUCCUCAUGGCGCCAACGGGUGCCGCGGCCGAUAAUAUCGGCGGCAAUACGUACUAUAUAACCUUAGGGAUCUCCAUCGACCGCUCAAGACGAACGGCAAUGAGUUCUCGGGUGAGACGGCUCUGGUCUCGCAAAACCAUUAUGUUCGUGGACGAAGUGAGCAUGAUGGAUCUAACCAUGAUCAGCGUGAUUGAUAAUCACUGCAAGAUCACGAGAUCCCUCGACAGAUCCUCCACUGAUCUUUUCGGUGGUCUCCCCGUCGUUAUCUUUAUAGGCGAUUUUUUCCAAUUUCCACCCGUUCGGGGGCCGGCAUUAUGGAAGGCACCAAGGCAAGGGUCCGGAGAGGAUGAGAACGGUCGGAUCCUCUGGCAUCAGUUCAAACAAGUAAUCAUCUUGGAUGAACAAAUGAGACAGUCAGAAGAUGCUCCGUUUCAUGAUCUCCUAUCUCAAGCCCGGAAAGGAACUUUAACAGAAGCCGAUCGAGCCUUUCUUAACAACAAAACCAUCACGUCCCUGGUCAGCCCGCAGUUAGAAGAUGCCACCGCUGUCGUGAAGUUAAACUCUCUGCGUCACCAGGUAAACCGCGUUCGAUUAGAGCGAUUCGCGCGGAUCCGAUUCCAAAGGGUCUAUAUAUUUCCUGCGCUUCAUACACGGACCAGAUCCACUGGCCUGAUCAACCUACGACUUCGUGUAGACGACUUGCUCCAGCAACCGGACCAAGGUACCAAGAUCCCUUUCCCCGGACUCUUUCUGUACACCCCGAAUAUGCCCGCUGUUGUACUGACCAACAUCUGUACUCCGCUUGGCCUGGUCAACGGCGCAGCAGGAAUUGCUGUAGGAAUCGUGAUAGAUCCGGCUGCCGAAUUCUUCGAAAUCGACGAGCUCUAUACCAUAUGCACUAAACCACCUGCCUAUAUUUUAUUCAAACCGGACCGACUGAAACCUACUGGAUUUCAAGACCUUGAACCUUCGGUCAUACCAGUUUCUCCAUUGGAACGAUCCGUCACCCUGAAAGGUUAUUCUGUCCGAAGGAAACAAGUCCCAAUGUGCCCGGCUUUCUGCCUCACCGACUACAAAGUGCAAGGUUCGACACUUCUAGGUGCGAUUCUCGACCUUAAAGAUGACCCUACCAUACGAGGACAAGAUCGUCACAGGAAGUAUUGCUCGAUGUAUGUGUAA